GGGGUAGUCAAAAUUCCAACCGGUAUUGUUAAUGGUACCUACAACUGGCCACAAAGUUUCAAGUCAAAGGAGGAUAUAUAGUAACAUAGAACAGAAAAAGGAAUGAGCAAGUAGGUUGCAGAAUCGUUCAAGGCGAAACAGUGGAUUGAAUAAUUUCACAUUCAACAAGCAUAGUUCUAACUUAGUGGAAAGCAAUCAGAUGAUUCCCCCCCAAAGGUUAGCAAAGGCCGCCGCGGCUGCUUUACCCUCGCCCGGAUGGUGUUUUCAACCGACGGAGUCUCCACCAUUUCGUUUCCGGCGGCGAAACUGAACUGAGCUCUAAUCGGCCAAAUGGCGGGAGACUCCGGGAAAGCGGUUUACUGUUGGCUAGUUCUAGCUGGGCUUCCUGGAACCCGGCUUGUAAAGAAACUGCCACGAUGGGGAAUUUGGACUCGGCCCACUACCUGGCCCAUAAGCCCAGGCAGGUCCCGUAAUUGUAGAGAGAGAAAGAGAGAACUUAGGACACCACCAAACCGAACCCAACUCCCUCGACCCAACAACGACACCGACGCCUCUCCCUCUCUCUCUCUCUCUCUCUCUCUCUCUCCUAGCAAAUUCCACGAACCCAGAGAAACAAAAAUUCAAAAUUGGAAAAAGGGAAGAAAAACAAGGAUCCGUCAUUUUACCAGCGGAGCAAUUACGCGCUCCCUCCUCCCUCUCUCUCGUUGUCACUCUAGCAGCCAGGUCACGGCUCCUUCUUCCGCCUUUCCGCUGCGGAAAUCGAUCGGCCUCGUCGUGGUCUUCUCCUCCACCGUCCAUCAGAUCUCCGGCCUGAUUCCGAUUUCCACAAGCCGCUCAUUCCUUCUAACUUCUGAUUCAGGUUCGGCUCUCUCUCUCUAUCCCUCGCUCUGUUUUUACAUUUCGAAAGAUCUGGCGCCGUUGGAAUUUUCCAAUUCCGCGUGAUCCGAUCUCCGAGUGUCCUGUUGAAAGUUCUAGCUCAGCUGUGUCCUGAAUUUCUGUGGGAAUAUGCUCUUUUGGUCUCUCUUGGUGAUCGGAGAUUGAUGUCUGCGUUGCGUAUUUUUUUUUUAUUCGGAUGCGAUGGAAGCUUAGCUUGUUUUUGGUUUUGAGGAGUGAUGCGUGGAGAGGAAUCAUCUGGCGAGGUGCCAGCGAUUGUUAGUCGUUAGAUGCUCGUUGAGAUUCUUUGCGUUUGCUGUGGUGUGCGAAUAUGGAAUUGGAUCUUGUCGUGCUUCUUUAUGUUGCUGGUUGAAAUUUCCUAGUGAUUGGAUCCGCGUUAUGUAGAAUUGGGGAGAUUUUUUUAUUGAAUGCAUGAUGCAUUGUUUGAAAAUGGAUAUGGCUAUGUGUUCCCUGGUAGUUGGAUUCAGUUUUCUGCUGCUGUUCUAAAGCUGAAUGUAAAGUUGAGCUGAUUGUGAUAUUGGUAUCCUGUGUUGACGUGUAUUUCGUUUUGGAUCGUUGGUUCUCCAUUUUCUUUUCAGCGAGUAGCUAAGUCUUAAGCGUAGUUGCUAAUGGACAAAUUUUUUUUAUCUGUGUCACAGGCUUACAGCAAGUCUUGUAAUGAAGAAGGUCUUCGGCCAGACUGUUAGAGACUUAAAGAGAGAGGUGAACAAGAAAGUGCUUAAAGUUCCUGGUAUAGAACAGAAGGUUCUUGAUGCUACCAGCAAUGAGCCCUGGGGUCCUCAUGGAACACUUCUUGCAGAGAUCGCUCAAGCAACCAGAAACUACCAUGAGUACCAGAUGAUUAUGUCAGUGAUCUGGAAACGAAUCAAUGAUACAGGCAAGAACUGGCGACAUGUCUACAAGGGGUUGACUGUUUUGGAGUAUCUUGUGGCUCAUGGGUCAGAACGAGUCAUAGAUGACAUAAAAGAACAUGCUUAUCAGAUAUCGACAUUGUCCGACUUUCAGUAUAUUGAUUCCAGUGGAAGGGACCAGGGCAGCAAUGUCAGAAAGAAAUCUCAAAAUCUUGUGGUUCUGGUAAAUGAUAAAGAAAGGAUUAUUGAAGUCAGGCAGAAAGCUGCUGCAAACAGGGAAAGGUUCCGCAGCCCAUCGGCUGGUGGUAUGUACAGGCCUGGUUCUCAUUCCAGUGGUGGAUAUGGCGAACGGCAUGAUGAUGAUCGAUAUGAGGGUCGGUAUGGAAGCAGGGAUGAAGAGCGGAAUGGAUAUGGUAGAGAAAAUAGUAGGGAUGAUGACCGAUAUAGUAGAUAUGAUCGAGAUGGAAACAGAGACGAAGAACGCUACGGUCGCGAUGGAUACAGGGAUGACGAUUAUAGAGGAAGGAGUCGUAGCAAUGAUGGCUAUGGUUCGAGAGGCAGGAGUUCUGAUAGAGAUAGAGACCGUGGUUAUGAUGACGAUGGCCAAUACUCAUCUCGUGGUGGUGUGAGAGGUGAUGAUCAAUCUCAGGAUGGGAGGCCCCUCGAGAGAAAAUUUUCCGAGCAAAAUAUUGGUGCACCCCCUAGUUAUGAAGAAGCCGUGAAUGAUGCCCGUAGCCCUACGCACAAUGAUAAGAAUGGAGAAAGUUCAGCACAAUCUGGCCCUGCAGCUUCAUCGCCUUCGGCUCCUCAAUCUUCUUCUCCGCUUGGUCCUCAAGCUUCUCAAUCUGCAAGCAAUAAUGCCAUCCCAGAAACCGCUGGUGUCACCUCAUCUGCGUCUCCAGCCAAUCAGGAAGUGGCGGUAGACGAGUUUGAUCCCCGUGGUUCUUUUGCAGCCUUCCCAACUGCUAACGCAAUUCCAGCUGCCUCAACUGCUCCUACAACCGUAAACAAUGCUGAAAUGGAUUUGCUUGGUUCUCUCUCUGAAUCAUUUGGUCCAUUGGCAAUUGUUCCAGCUUCUUCUCCAACUAAUACUACCUCUGAAGCUGUCGUCCAGCCAAGUUUCUCAGGACCCUCAUUUACUUCAGCACAACCACCAGUUUCUUUUGAUAAUCAGGGGUUUGAUGAUCCAUUUGGGGAGACUCCCUUCAAGGCUGUUCCUUCUUCAGAUCUCAUCCCAGAACAACAGCAGCCUUCAGUUUCUGCUGCGCCAUUCCAGAAUUCUGUGAACCCAUAUGCUGAACUGCCACAUGCAUCUGUUUCCAACGCAGAAAUGGAGAACUCACCCUUUGGGGAUGCAGCCUCUAGCUUGACUUAUUCAGCACCCAAUUUUCAGCCUGCAUCAACAAACUCUCAGUUUUUGCCUCAAGAACUGUCCUCAAGUCUAGAAACCGAUAUACUCGCUGAUAUCCUCCCAGCUUCUGGUCCAUCUGCUGCCCCACAACAGGCCGGAUUUCCAGCUCAAACCUUGCAAGCCUCAUUCCCGGCUGGGAAUGGUUAUGGAAACUUCAAUUCACAAACAGGACCCACUGUCCCAGCUUCUGGUCCAUCCGCUGCCCCGCAACAGGCCGGAUUUCCAUCUCAAACCAUGCAAGCCUCAUUCCCGGCUGGGAAUGGUUAUGGAAACUUCAAUUCACAAACAGGACCUACAGUCCCAGCUGCUCCAAAUAUGGCCCCUACAAGUUCACAGUUCGGUGGCGGACAUUUUCUGCCGCAGGGAGGUUCCAUGCAUCCCAUUGCUCAGAACAUGGGACAGCCUACACAGUUCAACAAUGGGAACUUACUUCCACAGCCAGGGUACGGGGGGGCACCUCAACAAAUGCCUGCUGGACCCUCUGGACAGCUAAAUAAUGGAAACAUGUUCCAUAACCCAAACACUACCAGCUCAAUGCCUUCACAAGUCCCUUCUUUUACUCCCUCUGCUCAUCAGAACACAGAUGUCUUAGGUGGUUUGUUUGGUCAAGGUUCAAGCACUCCAGUGCCUCCCCAGCCCGUUGGUCAGACUUUGGCUUCUCAGCCCAGUCUCUCUUCUUCCACUGGGGCCCUUGUUCCUGUUCAGCAACCAUCCAAGGACAAAUUCGAAACCAAAUCCACAGUUUGGGCAGAUACGCUCAACAGAGGGCUCGUCAACUUGAACAUAUCAGGAUCUAAGAUCAAUCCGUUGUCGGACAUAGGAAUCGACUUCGAUGCAAUUAAUCGCAAGGAGAAGAGAAUGGAGAAACAACCAGCCACUACUGCAGUUGCGUCUACUAUUACCAUGGGGAAAGCCAUGGGGUCUGGUUCUGGAGUCGGCCGUGCUGCAGCUACUGGUCUGAGGCCACCCUCUAACCAGAUAAUGGCUCCCGGUGGGGGCAUGGGUAUGGGAAUGGGUGGAGGUCCUGGUUUUGGUAUGGGUGGCGCUCCAGGCAUGGGUAUGGGUGCCGGCCCUGGGCCGGGUAUGGGUAUGGGAGGUGGCCCUCGUCCGGGCUUGGGUAUGGUUGGAGGUCCAGGUUCGGGCAUGGGCAUGGGAGGCUACGGAGCGAUGCCUCAGCAGCCCAUGGGAAUGGGAAUUGGUGGGAUGGGAAUGAACAUGGGGAUGAAUAUGGGAAUGGGGCAGGGUCCAGCUAUGCAGCAGCCUCAACAUGGAUCACCGAUGAUGCCUGGUGGAUAUAACAAUAUAAUGGGUGCAGGUGGUUACCCUCAACAGCCCUACGGCGGAAGAGGCUACCAGUGACGAGACAUUCAAGAUGGCUCCCCCGCCGUCUUUGCCAGAUCCCAUAGCCAUUGUACAAGACCUCGAGGUAUGAAUGCCCAUUCGUAGUUCAGAAUCUCAAACCAAUGUAGAGAGAGGUCUUAAGAAGUGCAUGCUCGUCCCCUGUAUGCAGUACGCGUGUUUUUGACUGACGGAUGGUUGGCUCUCUCGCGAGAGAUUCAUGCAAUGUGCUUGUUUCUUAUACGUUUUCUGUGUAUUCAUUUAUCCCCCCAUUCUAUUUGCUUACCUCUUUUUUUUUAUCAUUCAUUGUUAUUUGGGGUUGGGAAGAGAGUUGAAGAAGUACUGUUGAAUUUGGGUUUUUUUAGACGAGUCUCUGCAGCUUAUAAUAUGCCUCCUCGCCAAACGAACAAGCUACCGAAGGUUUUGUAGCCAUAUCCAUCUGUACUUUAUUUGUCGGGUCGGUUUCAUUUUUUAUUCCCAUGUAACUGAGGUUCAUCUAUACUUUUUUGGCUCCUGGUUUUUUACUGAAUGAGAACAAUAAAUCAUAUGAUAGUUUGUUGAUCUGCUUCAAUCGUUCCACCUCGAUUCACUCGUUAUUCGUGUUCGCCUGUAAUAUCGAUUUGCUGCUGAUUGUACCCUUUGGGAUAGCAUAUUCAAGGUGCAAAAGGUACCCAACCUUGUAGCUAAAUAGAUAUUUUGGUUUCUG